AUGCCACCGCUCAUGUUAGAUCGCUCACUGGCUGCACACGCCUUCUGCUUCUGCCCCUUUGUCGUUGCUACCACGAUACCGCGACACUGUAUACCUUGGCUUGCGGUGCGGAUUGCACUCGUCGCUGAGGCGGUCGUAGGUUUCUUGCUGAGCGUAUUGGCAGUACUCCUCGUCUACUGGUUCCCUGCUCUUGCGCAACGCAAACCGCCAACCGCGAUAGUCGAACCGAUACACGCAAAGCCCGCAAAGCGGCGGCCCAAGCUGAUUCCCAUUCAGACGGUGGUGGCGGCUCCCAAAACUGCCUCGCCACUCGCCGAGUCCGCGCCCGGGAGGGAUGCCUUACCUGUUCGCCCUCCCUUGGCAACACCAGCCAUCGUUUUAACCGCUGAACGAAGUCCGGUCACCAAUGUCACGACGCCACUGCCCACGGUCAUAGAAAGAGUGGUACUGCACACUCCUCCGGUCUCGCAACCUCCGUCCCCUCACUGCUUGUCGCCCGCACCUUCAGUGCAUUGCAAGGACUCCGAAUCGACCCAUGCCACUUCUGUGGCCUCCGAGUCAUCUGUCAAGCGUUGCCGCAAGGCGACUCUUGAGGCUCUCUCACGCGGCCGUCCAGUGUCCAUGCCUCCCAUGGAGCGCGCUCAGACCAUGUGCGGGGUGAAGGGUGUGAAGGAACCCUCUCCUUCACCGCCACGGCGUCAUCAAACGAUCAGCAUGCGCUCUAUGCGAGCAUCGCUCCUCCCAGAGCCCAUCCGUCUACUAUCUAUGAGUCCGCGUGCAUCGGAGAAGGACUGCAUUCUGGGGAGGGAAAUAGCCGGGAAAGAGAAGCGGAAGUCGAGAGAGACAGGGAAGAGUAGGGAGAAGGAGAAGAACGUCAAAAGCAAACGCGCUACGGCACGAACGGAUCCGUAUGCUGCACCGUUCUUCUUCCCUAGCCCUGCUUCUCCGGACGCGGGCCAGUACACCGCGACGUUUCGAGAACGACCAACACCUACGCCGUCACCCAUCGCCAGCCCUCUGAUAGCUCCUGCGCUCACACCGCUUUCUUCCGCUUCCCCUCCAGCUGCACCAAUUGUGGGCGGUAGCCUCAAGGGCAAACGUCGCUUAUUUGGCUCGCACAAACGACAUAAGAGUGACGUUACCUCAUGA